AUGCCUCCAAAGAAGCAGUUAUUAUCUACCGGUGCUGAUGAAUCUACUAGCAGAUAUUUUAAAAGUGAAAUAUCAAGUCGAAAGAAGCCAGUUCGAAAAUUAUCGGCAGUUACACACGAUGAAUCUGAAGGAGAAAUGCACACUGAAAAUGAAGUAAAAGCAAAGAAACCACGGAAAAAAUUAACAAUUGAAGUGACCGAUGGCCCAAUUGAUCAAGAAAAUAAAAUAACAAAAUGGGAACCACCACAUUGGACAGAACAUUGGAAAAAUAUCCUUCAGAUGAGAAUCAUCAACAAACAUUUAGAGCCAAAAGGAUGUGAUACAAUUGGUGAAACAAUCACUAAUGACAAGAUUCGUCGUUUUCAUGUAUUAGUUAGUUUAAUGUUAUCUAGUCAAACAAAAGAUACCAUAACUAUACCAGCAAUGGAUCGUCUUCGAGAUGCAGGUUUAACCAUUCAGUAUAUUUUGGAUAUCUCAGAUGAUGAAUUAGGACGAAUUAUUUAUCCAGUUGGAUUUUGGAGACGAAAAGUUCAAUAUUUGAAAGAAACAUGUAAAAUUCUUCAUAAAAAAUAUGAUGAUGAUAUUCCGGAUACAUUAGAGGGUUUAUGUUCAUUGCCAGGCGUUGGUCCCAAGAUGGCCUAUUUAACAAUGGAUUUUGCCUGGAAAAAUAACGUAGGAAUUGGUGUCGACGUACACGUUCAUCGAAUAGUAAAUCGUCUUCAAUGGGUUGAAAAACCAACAAAAACACCUGAACAAACACGUCUGGCAUUAGAAUCAUGGAUACCAAGGUAUGACUAUAUUGAUCCAAUCUCAUGA